AUGUUGAGAUGCCGAAAGCUGCUGGUCCUAUGUUGCUGUCUUGGCAACCGGGCAAGCCACCCUGACACGAACUGCGGAGACGAUGCAGGCAUCUCUUGCCAGGCUCAUGCAGAUGCAGCCUUUGCUUCCAAGGAGCACCGGGAUGAUCCAGACAUGGCUUGGCGAAGUAGGUGCAACAUCAAGAGGAUCCAGUGGCCUCGUGUGCAGGCAAUGCUGUCCCUCCCCGAUGAGCCCUACGUAGUGGAGGUGCCAAGGAACUGGAACACAAGGAUACGUCGCAGUUUGGAGCAUGAUGUCCUCCUUGGCUCCAUGGGAAAUGUUACUUGCACGCCAAGCCAAGCGGGCAGCAAGCGGAUAGGCACCUUCGAGAUGACCUUGGCCCAGUACCUUCAAGAAUGGCUACCAAAGCCUAUCAGUAAGAAUGCCGAGGACAACCGAUAUGUUUUCGGCGAGUUUGGAGAGAACUGGGCGCCUCUUCGAGAAUCCUACAAGUUGCCGCCCUGCCAAGUCUGUACACCAGCUGCAGCUGCCAUAACGAUAGGUCUCGGGGGCUCCUUCUCUGGUGCACCAUGGCACUUCCACAACGCUGCUUUCGUGGAGGUCUUCCAUGGCUCGAAGCACUUCGCAUUUCUGCCUCCCGGAGAUCCUGCAAUUGAAGAUAUAGAGACUGACAUGCAGUUCAAUGCAUCAAUGUCGCAGUACCACUGGCACCUAGAGCGGAGACCGGACAUGGAAGUUUCUGGCCAGCUGCGGAAUUUGCAAGAGUGCUUAAUUCAGUCCGGCGAGCUACUUUACUUCCCGGACGGGUGGCAUCAUGGCGUGGUAAACUUCGGGAAAUACACAGCUUUUGUGAGCAGCUUCAUCAACAGGGACCUGCUGAAGCAGGCUGCACCAACUACUCUGAAGCUGCUCCGGAAAGCGGCAAAGCGAGCCAAGGCGAUGGUCGAUGUCGAAGGAAGUCAAUGCGGAAGCGAUAUGGCAUCGUCCAUAACGUUCUUGCAAGAGGAGUCCACUUUUUGGAACCUCACGUAUUGUACUCUAUGCCGCUACGAUGCGCUGUUUGGGCCGGGGCAUAAAGAGGGAGGGGGACUUCAUGCUGCCGUUCCAGACGAGGUGUUUGCAGCUUUGGAGAGGGAGUCCCUAAGCAAGUUGGAGUGCUUUGCAUCGCCGCUGCUGUGCCAGAAGACCUGGCACUUCUGCUCCAUUUUCAAAGACCUGGAUGUGUUCUUCGGCUCUUUGGGCCCAUUUCUGGAGGAAGACUUGGACAUAGGGACCGCGGGCGGGGUCUAUGAAGUCAACCCACCCUUCGUUCGUGGCUUGGUGCUACGACUUGCCAAGAAGCUGCUGGCUGCCUUUGAAAGCGCUGUGCUGCACAAGAAAGUCCUUCAUGUUUUUCUCGUUCUACCAGGUCUUCCUGAAAACCCAACUGAGGAAGAGCAUGCUUUGGGAGAGCUGCUGCAAAGCCGGUUCAAAGUUGCCAUAUCAGAGCGGCGGCGGCGCGCAUUCACGAACGGGCUUGCCUUUAAGACGGAUCAUGUGUGGCCCCUCUUUGCUGUUUCCACCACUGUCGCCCUUCUCACUUCGCAGCCGGAUUCGGUGGGUCAGCUUACUGAGCAGUUUGAUGGAAUCUGCAGGCUUUGGGGAGAAGUUGAUGCUGGCGAUAAAAAGGCUAGAGUCGGAGAUCGGUGA